CUCCCAUGCCCUCCUCCUCCUCCUCCCUCACCAUCUCUAUCUCUCCUCUUUCCUCUUCUUCUUCUUCUUCUUCCCUCCCAAGACCCAAAGGCAAUCGCAAAAAGUACCGACACUCCACACAGCCCCCUCUUACCUUCUCUCUCACUAAGUCAAUACAGCAAGAAACCCACCCUCAUAUUAAACUAAUAAAACAGAAAACAAACAAAUCCCUUCUCUUUAUUCACUAAUUCACCCAUCCUCGUCAAACCCUAAUCUCUCUCUCUCUCUGUAUAUAUUAUUCGAUUUUUUUUUCUCUAUUUCCUUUAGGCUUAUCUCCUACAAAAACCCUUGAUCCACGUUUGUUCCUUCUCAGUCCCGAAACAAGAAAAAUAAGAAAAAAAGAAACAGAAGGGGAAGCAACAAGCAAGAACCCCCCUAAUCUCCAAUUCUCCUUGAUGCUUCUUCUCUGAAAUACCCAAAAGAGGGAUCCCCCCCAUUUGUCUUUUUUGAUCCAUUUCGUCUCUGAUCAUGUUUUCAUCCCCAUUUGUUUUGUCGUUCGCUCUCUUACUCUCCCUACCUCUGCUCUUCCUCCUAGCCCCUCGGAUCCUCCCUCCGCGGCACCUCCCGAUCUCUCUCCCCGACGAACUUGACGAUCUCGCGCUCUUCCGUCGAGCCUCUCUCGCGGCCUCCGCCUCACAUUCAUCCUCAUCGACAUCCACUUUUUCCCGUCUGGGUACCACGAAUCCUCCGCCCAAGAUCGCUUUCUUGUUCCUCACCAACUCCGACCUCUUCUUCGCCCCUCUCUGGGAGAAGUUCUUCGAUGGCAAUCAGCAUCUGUUCAACAUUUACAUCCACGCGGAUCCAUCUGUCAAAUUGAAUCCUCCCGGCGGCGUUUUCCAGGGCCGGUUCAUCGCCGGAAAGAAGACCCAACGUGCCUCCCCCACCCUAAUCUCCGCCGCCCGGAGACUUCUCGCCACAGCCCUUCUCGACGAUCCCACCAAUUCCUUCUUCGCUCUCGUCUCCCAGCACUGCAUCCCACUUCAGUCCUUCCAAUUCGUUUACCAUUCCCUCUUCGCUUCCGCUCCCGUCAAAUCGCCCUACGCCGACCCAGACGCCCCUUCGACUCGGUACGGGCAAGUUAGGUACCGAAGCUUCAUCGAGAUACUGUCAAAAGAACCCGGUCUAUGGGAGAGAUACACGGCGAGGGGGAAAGACGUGAUGAUGCCGGAGAUACCCUUUGAGCAAUUCCGAGUUGGGUCGCAGUUCUUCGUGCUCACGAGGCGGCACGCAUUGUUAGUGAUCAGGGAUCGCAAGCUGUGGCGGAAGUUCAGACUACCAUGUCUGAAGACCGAGUCGUGUUAUCCAGAGGAGCAUUACUUCCCAACUCUUCUCUCAAUGGAGGAUCCAAAGGGUUGCAGUCACUUCACGCUCACUCGAGUAAACUGGACUGGAAGCACCGGCGGACACCCACACACCUAUCGACCGGCCGAAGUGUCACCUGAGCUUAUCUACAAGCUCCGAGUUUCGAACUCGACUUACUCGUAUUUGUUUGCUAGGAAAUUUUCCCCGGAUUGUCUGAAUCCAUUGUUGGAGAUUGCCGACACCGUCAUUUUCCGCGACUAAUGUAAGCGCUGGUGGAACGACAGGUGGAAGAGGCGUCAAAAUCUGAAGGCCCAAACCCACAAAAAUGAGCCCAACUACAGGCGUGAGAAAGAAAGUAAAAAAGUUGCUCCUUAUUUUGUUUCUGCUUUUUGUUUUUUGUGUUAAAUCUGAAAAGGGGUUUAAUGCGGUGGUGGGUGGUGAUGUUUGUACAUAUGGAUCGGUCAUGGGUCGUCGAUGAUAAGAUAAAUCAUCGACCGUAUAUAUACCAUAACCAUAAGCAAAAGAAAGAUGCUAAAUGAACGGUAGAUGUGCCCGGAGAGGGAAAGAAAGCAAGCAGCGCAAAGGGGCUAAGGUGGCCCAACUGCUUUUCCCUCUCUCGUUUGGCUUUGGUUCCCUCCAAUUUGCUUUUCUGCUUUUGUUUUUUGUUUUUCGUUUUUCUUUAUAUAAUGUAAUGGCGUUGUGUAGACACAAAAAAGAAAACGUGCACCGCCAAUGGGAAAAUGAAAGCAAUUCUAAUCUCAAUCUCCUCAGUCUCUCGGUCUAUUCUUUUCUUUAUUCGCCUUUGAGGCUUUGACCAUGAAAUUUAUAGUAACGUUUUUUUAUUUUAA